UGAGGAAACAGCACUCUCUCUCUCUCUCUUUCUCUCUCCUUUUUUUCUUUCUCCAGCCCUUCAGCCAUCAUCACUCUCGUGCCAUCUCUCUCUAGAAGUAAAACUUAUAUAGCCUCGGUCUUUCUCUCUCCUCCUACAUGCAUACACAUUGUUUACCUAUAUUCCACGCCUCCCAUGAUCUCAGAAGACCAGGAGAGUCCACCCCAGCCUACUCUCUCCCCAAAGGCCCCAGCUGGACCAAAAUUUAUGCAAAAGAGACCGGAAAAGAAAGAAAUAAAGAAGGGAGGGUGAAUUCUAGAGAGAGAGAGAGAGAAAUGCCCUUCUGCAAUUCCCCCAGAGCAAAAGUCCCCGUCUUCAUCAUCAACCUUCACUGUCUCUCCAAACAACUAUGUUUGUAUUUUAUAUUUGUGCCCGAAUUAUGUGGGCUCUUUCGGCCUUUGCCUUGGUCAGAAAUUUUCCACAGAGAAAAACAGGAAAGGCAAAGAGAGAACCUUCCCCCCUCCCCCCCCGCCCCCACCCCACCCUAUCUAUUUUCUCUCUUUUCUUGUCCUCUCUAUUAUAUCUUUUUCUUUCUCUAGAUACAAAGCUCCUUUCUUUAUUGCUUUGUCCAUCCCUCUACCGUGUUCAUAUCUAUCACCAUAUAUUCAUUUUCUUGUUUUCCUCUCUUUCCUUGUUCUUAACAGCUAACCGCAUCUAGUUAUAACUAUAUCUAUUGUGUGAUCUUCUUCAAGAUCACACCUUUGUGAAAAAGGCCUUCUUUUAUGUGGUGAUCUGAUGCCGAGGAAGAGUCAAGGGGUCGUUUUGGAAUCGACGCCACCGUUUGGUGUUCGUGGGUAUGACGAUGCUAAGGCCAGGAUGAAGCAUCGGGCUCUUAUGCAAGAGUAUCAGGAAUUACAAAGGGAAGUUGAUUUUAUGAGAAGCAAACUACAGGCAGGAAAACAGAGGAAGAGGGUGCUAACUGCUGAAGUUUGGUUCUUGCGUAGAAGAUAUGAAUGCUUUGUGAAAACGAAGACUAUGAAUUCAAUACAAAAAGAAAAUCUUGUGCAGCCACCAGAUCUGACACAGUCUAAAAGCAGAAAGGAAGCCGAUCAUUGUAGAUUACCUCUGGCUCCCAAAUCUAAAUCCAAAAAGAAACAUUGUAUUGGUAAAGAAGUUGCUCCAAGUAGCGCAUCCCCAGUCAGUCAGCUUCGCAGGAAAACAGAAAAAAAAGCUGUCCAACUCAGUUUUCCAUUGGUUCCCGAUUGUAGCGACAAAGGAAGGGCAGAUAUCAGGAAAUCUUUGGCCCGGAACAUAACUCCAGUUCUUGAUCUGAACCAGAAGGAAAGGAUGCAUGGUGCAAAUGCAACAGCUUUGAAGAAUACAAUUGUACCGUUGGAUUUGAACUGGGACAAUAGUCUAUGUCGGAAAGAAGCUUCUUUACCAAGCCGAGCUCCAGUCUUCGACUUGAAUGAAAUCUCGACAGGGGAGGAGGAUAUCCAGAGCAAUCACGAAGCAAUAAUUUCCGACCAAGUAAAGAAAGGUUUAAUCAGCCGUCCGAGUGAUGAGGUGCAAAAUGAUCUGAAGUUGUCCAUAUGUCGAAAUGCUGGUGAAGGGCCGUCUCGUGUGGGGAAGAGGAGAAUUUCGUGGCAGGAUCCAGUUGCAUUGAGAGUUUGAAGUCCUUUGUGCCGAGUUGAGGGGACCCAAGAACUCGCCAGGCCGUGCCUAACUCUAGUCUUGUAAGGUAGGACUGUAGCACACAAAUUGUCUAUUGGAAGUAGAGAAUUGCACCCUAUAGUAAACUGGACUUCCCUCUGAGGAUUAGUCGCUUCUUUAACUCAGUAUGAUGGAAAGAUGAAGCAAUUUUGCGAAA